CAGAAAAUUAUGUAAAAGGAAAACAAAUGAACAGAUCGAAACGUUUCAGGCUACAUUUUACGAGUCCAUCGCCUCCCUGCCUGCUUCCCCUUAUCCACAUAUAACGAAAUCAGAACACUCGAUUGAUUUCCCGAUUCGAAGACCGUCCGUCGUCGUCUCCUCUCGCCGGAAUUCUGAGUUAUCCCGGCUCCGCCGUCCGAUCAAGUCAAGAUAUUCCGCUUCGUCUCCUGCAUAGCCACCUUCCUUCCUGGAAUUUCCCCGAUUGCGGGAUCUCCGUUGGUUGUCGUCUUCUGAAGACCCCGGUCAGAUGAGAGCGGAAGUCCAGAUGGAGCCAGCAGGCGGGGAGGGUCACAGUGACGCCGACCCUCUGCUGCAGAAUCAGGCCGAUUCGCCUCUUUCGUCGCCUGCAAGUCCCAGCGAGAUCACGAACGAGGAGGAUGAUCUCGAGAACGGGUCGGUUCCCACUUGCCGCAUUUGCCUCGAGAGCGAUUGCGAUCCAGGAGAUGAGCUGAUAUCUCCAUGUAUGUGCAAAGGCACUCAACAGUUUGUUCACCGUGUGUGCCUUGAUCAUUGGCGUGCAGUUAAGGAAGGAUUUGCUUUCUCUCACUGCACUACUUGCAAAGCACAGUUCCAUCUUCGAGUUGCAUUGCUUGAGGUGAAUUCUUGGCGUAAAAUAAAGUUCAGACUUUUUGUGACAAGGGAUGUCCUUGUCGUGUUUUUGGCCGUACAAACAGUGAUUGCUGCUAUGGGCGGAUUUGCCUUCCUAAUGGACAAGGAUGGAGCCUUUAGGAACUCAUUCAGUGAUGGUUGGGAUCGAAUACUGUCUAAACAUCCCAUUCCCUUCUACUAUUGCAUAGGUCUGCAUGCUGAUGUUGCUGGGAAUAAAUUGCUUUUAUCAGGAGUUUUGGCUUUCUUUGUGCUGCUCGGGUUCUUCGGCCUUAUACUACAUUGCUCGACCCUCAACAGCAGUGAUCCUCGGAUGGCCGGAUGCCAGAACUGCUGCUACGGAUGGGGAAUCUUGGACUGCUUCCCUGCAUCCAUGGAAGCAUGUUUUGCAUUGGUACUGGUGUUUGUUGUCAUUUUUGCCAUCCUCGGCAUAGCUUAUGGCUUCCUUGCUGCCACCAUGGCUAUUCAAAAGAUCUGGCAGAGACAUUACCACAUCCUCGCCAAGAGGGAGCUAACUAAGGAGUACAUAGUGGAAGAUCUUAACGGUUGCUAUACCCCACCAAAGCUUGACGCGGAACAUGAAGAGAAGUUGAAAAUGCUAAAGCUUUUGUAGCUGGGUACUUGUGUAAGAAAAAAAAGGUAAAUGUUGGAAGUCAUUUGAGAAGACAACAUGUGAUGUUUAACUAACUAUUAUGUACUACCCUGGUUCUGAUAUAGAAUGAAGCAGAAUUCGAAGGAGAUUUCUUCUCUCGCUUUUCCUACAAAAAUUGGUCGAUUAAUUUGUCACAACUGUCAUUUCGAUAAGUUCAUAUGAAACUACUGCAGGCUUUGGUUACAACGUAAAGAAAAUAUAUUUGUCCGAUGUUUAUUUAGUAUUCAUGCCCGAGUAUGCAAUUUAUGAAAUACAGAGUACAAUUUGAAUCCAACCAUUACUACUAUGAAUAGGAUAGUCUACUACAUGAUAACAUUGAUAUGAUUUUCCAGUACAAGCUUUUCUUCAAAGUGAAGAGAAAAUAGGGACGCCUGGUAUGGUGGCUCCGGCAUCCACGAGGAACAUAUUGCCCGUCACAUACUGCGACGAAUCAUGAAUGAGGUAUCGGAUGAUCGAUGUCAGUGCUGGAUCUACAGUUCCAUAUGUUUGUAGAGGGAGUGUUCUCUUGCCGGCCUGCUUCAGCCAGUCUUUCUGCAUCAGGCCUUUCGUGAUCUCGGACUGGAAAAUUCCAGGUGAUAUAGAAUUGACCCUGAUCCUGUACACCCCCAACUCCCGAGCCAUCGCCGCUGUCAGUGCAUUUACUCCCGCUUUGGAAGUAAUAUAACCAACAUUACCGACCGCCACUUGACCACGAGGGUGACCGGCGAUCGAAGCGAUGUUGAUUAUGCAACCUCCGACCCCGGCAUCACGCAUUCGCUUGCCGACUGAUUUCGAAACCAACCAAGUCCCCGUCGUAUUCGUCUUCACCUCGUGGUUCCAUUCCUCUUCAGAAUACUCUAAUGGGUUCUUAAUGCUACCUCUCACCCCUGCAUUGUUGAUCAAUGCAUCCACCCUCCCAAACGCCUCCCAAGCCCUCUGCACCGCAGCGUCGAUGGCCCCACCGUCCGUCGAAACAUCCAUCUCCACAGCCACAGCGCGACGAUGCAGACCAUCGCUAGCGAUGGUCUGCACAUUGAUCUCGUCGCACAGAGACUGCAGGCGGUCGACGCGUCUAGCAGCAGCCACUACCCUGCAUCCAGCUCUGGCUAGGUCGAGAGCGAACUCUCGGCCCAGCCCUGAAGAUGCGCCCGUGACGAGGACCACUUUGCCUCGCAGGUCGCACCACGGCUCGAGCUGCGAGUCUGCUGUCACGGCCGUCAUCACCUUGCUAGCCAUUGCUAAUGCCUGAUGAGAGUGGGGUUCCCCUGACAAGGUGAGUAGGGGAUACAGAGAGAGUUCAGUCACGCAAUUCAGCGAAGAACACUACGAGCUGGUAGUACUAUAUAGUGACG